GUGCCAACUUUGAAAAACAUAGAUGAACGUGUGUUGAGAAGAAUUUCUGGGUGUCUUAAGCCCAGGGAGUUUGAUGACAAUUCUAUCAUCAUUGAAAAGGGUAAACCACUUGGAAUGAUGGUAUUCAUUGUGGACGGACUUGUAUCCAUUGAAAAGAGAGAUGGUUCUUCUUCUUCUAAUGAUAAUUUGCAGCAACCAACUCGAGGUGCAGGAGAAGUAUGUGGAGAAGUACUUCUACGUUGGCCAUUGUCGGUCUUAUAUCUUCGAGACGUAUUACUCUUGGCAACCGAGUCUGCUAAGGCAAUAGGUCAUGUUGAAGCCCUUGUUCUCAAGGCUAGCGACUUGCGGGGAGUGGUCAAAAUGGACUAUUUCGCUGGGAUGAUUUGUAGAACAUUGAGUGCAAACGAACUUGAGAAGGCGACAGACAACUACCAACAAAGUAGAAUCAUUCGUGAGUACGAGGAUGCAACCUUUUACAAAGUCGAAGUACUGCGCCAAACCAAUUUUUGUUUACGU